UGAUAAACGAAAGUAAAAGUUCUGACCAGGAAUCAAACAAGAAAUAGCAGUCAGUUUUAAAGGGAAGAGAAUCGGACCUAGACUUCAGUUUGAACAAUUUUCCAGAUUAGUGAAACGGCGAUAUAGAUUAAUGAUAUGGAGAAAAUGUCAGAUUACGUAGACGUUACGUCAUGUGAAGACGGCCCCGUUUCACCAAGCGGAUCAGAAAGCAGUACUGGAAGUCAUCCGAUGAACGCCAACGAUUCGAAACAGAUUUAUCAAAACGCCAAAUCUAAUUAUGGGAAACUGAGCAAACGCCAACGUCAACUCAUGGCGAAAGAAACGUUAACGGAGGACGAACUACAAGAAUUACGACUAAAGAUCAAUAGCCGCGAACGUCGACGUAUGCAUGAUCUCAACAGCGCGUUAGACGGCUUGCGUGAAGUAAUGCCCUACGCACACGGACCGUCAGUACGUAAACUCUCAAAAAUAGCCACACUCCUUCUCGCGAGAAACUAUAUACUGAUGCUGUCAAAUUCAUUGGACGAAAUGAAAAAACUUUUGAGUGAUGUAUAUCAAAGUACGCCAAAUCCACAUCGUUUACCAGGGGCGAACCAAGCGUCUUUCUUACCGUCGAUGCCUGCACUUCCAGCGUUACACAGCCACCCUGGACUUGAUCCUUUGGCAGCAGUGAAAGCCCUCACUGGCGUACAGCCCAUAAACCCAUUAAACUUAAAGAAACUUACAGACACUACGUCAUCGAGUGGCGCUUUUACGCCUACGUCGCAUCCAAUAACGUCAUCACCAAUGGCAACCGCUAAAGCUACCCAACCUGUGACACCACCCAGUUCUCACUCGUCACCUCUACUUGCAUAUACGUCACCAUCGCACAUAACGCAUACGUCAUCUCCACCCGCUACGCAUACAUCGAUUACGUCACACCACGUUGCGUUUGGACGUUGGGGGAUUCCCUGUUCAUGCGCACAGUGUAUUCCAACGGACACUUCAAUCCCACCCGCAAGUUAUGCAUCUUUGAUCAGCAAAUUCCCUCCAACAAUGAACACUUCUAUUCACGUUGGAAAAUAAACUUUCAGACUGUUAACUAAACAAUAAUAUAUAUUUUUGUAAUCAUUGUAAAUAAUUGAAAUGUUAUGCGUUUUGUUAAUGAUGUCAUAUUAGCGAUGUCAUGUUAAUGAUGUCAUGUUAGUGAUGUCUUCAAUAAAGAAAGAUAAACAAAAUGUAAAAUAAAUUUUGUUGAAUCAUUGUA